CCCCCUAUAAAAUACAUUUACCUCCUAAAAGAUCCCAAGAAAAUAUUACCUACCUCCGUAACUCUUGUUUGUGAAUUUAUCAGAACACCAUUACAUUACUUCACCAGAAAAAAGGCCAGCUAUUCAGAAUCACAAGAGAUUGGUGAUGGUAACAAUAAAACCAUUUAUCUCCUAAAAGGUCCAAUGCAAAUUAUUACCACCAAAGCUCUUGUUUGUGAUUGUUGAUAUGAACAACACUACUACUUCAGAAGAAGGAAGGCUAGAUAUCACAGAAUCACAAGAGAUUGUUGAUGUGAACAUUAUCACACCAGAAGGAUCGGCUGCAGAAGAAACCAAUGAUUCGACCAUUAUAAGACACGAGGAAGAAAGGCCAGCUUCACAAGAAAUCAUUAAUGAGUACAUUAUUACACAAAAUGAAGAAGGGCCAGCAUACCCUCAAGAAUCACACGGGGCUUUAAAUGUGGAGAAUCCACCACAAGCAAGUACACAAAGAAGGUCAGCACAAAGGUCUCAUGACAAAUUAUUAUGCAUGGCGAUCUGUCUUCUCGGAGGAUUUUCAAUAAGUUAUCUCAAUGCUACAAUUGGAAACGUGAUAGACAUGGAUGGGUUGUUAAAAAGGCUAUCAAAAGAUCUUUUUUAUCGUAAAAGACACAUAAAUAUUGAUGAGUAUUGUACUUUUCUUAACAUGGGCAUACAAACAUGCAUAGCUGGAUUGCACAUUUUACAAAUAGUGGCCAUCUUCGUGACGCCCUAUUUAUGUACUCGGUGGGGAAGGAAGCUGACAGUCAUAUAG